AGAAUGGAGCGGAUUUGUACGCCGUCCAUCUAACCGAAUCGACGGAGCAAAACGAGGCGACCGACAUCAACAAACUCUGCGAUUCGGUCCCGGAUGACUUGGCGAAAAUCAUUCGGGAAUAUCCUGAGAUUUUCCCUGACGACUUGCCAAGUGGACUGCCACCCGAACGACCCCAGGACCACAAAAUCGAGCUCGAGCCCGGCGCGCAGCCUACUGUAAGCACGCAAUGGCGCCUGACUCAGCCGAAGCUACAGGAGUUACGGAACCAGUUGGACUACCUGCUGGCGAAAGGGUUCAUUCGGCCGAGCACGUCCCCGUUCGCAGCCCCGAUCCUGUUCACACCAAAAAAGGACAGCGGACUUCGCAUGUGUACGGAUUAUCACGCCCUUAAUCGGGUAACGAUAAAGUCGUGCUACCCAAUACCACGCACGGACGAACUGAUCGACAACCUUCGCGGAGCUCGCUACUUUUCGAAGAUCGACCUUCGUGGCGGUUACCAUCAAAUUCGAGUGUUCGCUGACGACUGCCACAAGACCGCGUUUCGUACUCGCUAUGGGAGUUACGAAUACACGGUGAUGCCGUUUGGAUUAACGAACGCUCCCUCGACGUUCCAACUCACCAUGAACAGGGUGUUCCGCGAUCUACUCGACAAAUGCGUGAUCAUUUACUUGGACAACAUCUUGAUCUACAGCAAGACCCGGGAGCAGCAUUUAAAAGAUUUGGAAGCGGUUUUUCAGCGGUUGCAGCAGCAUCGCCUCAUCACCAAGGGCUCCAAGUGCGAGUUUUUAAAACAAGAACUGGAGUUCCUGGGGCACGUGAUCUCCACGGAAGGGAUUCGAAUAGACCUGAAAAAACUCCGGGCUAUUCAGGAGUGGAAACCGCCAACAAAUCUGCAGCAGCUGCAAUCAUUUUUGGGUUUCGUGAAUUACGUGAGGCGGUUUAUACCCAACAUGGCGGGGUUAACUGGACCUCUAACCGACCUGCUGCAGAAGGGAACUUUUUACGAGUGGGGGGAGAAGCAGCAAGCUGCGUUCGAGGCAUUAAAAAAACUUUUAAUGGCGCCACCGGUACUUCACAUCGCUGACCCGGAACGGCCCUUCGAAGUCAUCACCGACGCAAGUGACAUCGCCAUCGGAGCAACGUGCGGCGUCUAUUACUUACGAAGCGGGACUGAUCGAAUUUGGGUCCCAAGUUAUCGUCUACUUCACGAAUUACUAAUUCAAGAAGUCCACGAUUCGAAUUUAUCGGGACAUUUCGGGGUUGAUAAAACUUUGAAGGUGUUGCAGCGGUUUUAUUACUGGCCAGAUAUGGUGACGGACGUGCAGCGUUACGUGGCCGCGUGUCCGAUCUGCCAGCGAAUGAAGUCAUCACACCAGCGACCUACAGGACUGUUGCAGCCCCUCGAGCCACCUCAACGCCCAUGGCAACACGUAACGAUGGAUUUCGUUAUGGGACUACCAGCCGGACCUAGCGGAAAUGACGCUGUUUUGGUUGUCGUCGACCGAUUGACGAAAAUGGCGCAUUUCGCACCAUGUCGUACAACCAUCACAGCCGAAGAAACAGCGCGCCUGUUCAUCUCGACCGUCGUUCGCCUACACGGGAUACCAGCAGCAAUCAUUAGCGAUCGAGAUCCGAAGUUCACGUCAAAAUUCUGGCAGGACACGUGGGCUCGAUACGGCACGCGUCUACAAUUCUCAUCCGCUUAUCAUCCUCAAACGGACGACCAGACGGAAAGGACAAAUCAAACGAUGGAGCAGCUAAUUCGAACAAACUGCCCCGACCGGAACAAAUGGGAGGACGUGCUGCCCAUGUUGGAAUUUUCCUACAACAACGCGCCCUCAGCUACGACUAAUCACUCCCCGUUUUAUCUCAAUUACGGGAUGGACCCUACAGUGCCGAUCUCCACCAAUGUUGAGAGUCAAGUACCACGAUCGCAGCUAUUCGUCGAAGAAUUACAGACUGCCCGAGACAAAGCUGUCGACCUUAUCCGCAAGGCGAACGCUACUGCCCGACGGUAUGCGGAUUUACAUCGACGGGAUAUUACAAUGGCAACAGGGCAAUUAGUCCUUUUGGACACCAAGAAUUUACAACUGCCACUACCGACAAAAUUACGACCACGUUUCUGUGGCCCAUUCAAGAUCGUAAAGAUGGUGACGCCGGUGACCGCCCAGUUACGCCUGCCUGAUGACUGGCGAAUUCACAACAAAUUCCACGUGAGUCUGUUGCGACCCUUUGUUCCUGAUACGUCAGACAUCGCUCGACAGCGAUUGACCUUUUGACAGAACCGCCUCGGCUUCUCCAGACCU